AUGCCCUUGGAAGGGAUUUUCAUUGAACCCUCUUCAACAACUACUUCUCCACUUCCCGAUCUUUCCCUUCACAUUAGUCCUCCAAACACUUCCUCCUCCUCUUCAUCAAUUUUCAAUACCACUUCUGGUGAACCCCAAAUCUCCACCACUAAUUCCCGAGCACACACUGAGCUCUCUCUAGGGAGACGCUUCACCGGUGGAGCUCAUGAAGAACCACCACAAAAGCCUUAUCAUCAUCAUCAACAACAAAGUCUUCCUCUUUACCGUUCUAGCAAUCACCUAAGUCACAUAAACAAUGGCGUUUCGCUACUCGAUGUGUCAUCAUCGGAGGGUUUGAGGCCGAUUAAAGGGAUUCCGGUCUAUCAAAACCGUCCAUUCCCUUUUUUGCCGACGGAAAAUAUGAUUCCAAGAGAUCAUCCCAAGGAUUCCAAGAUGUGCUUCUACCAAAGGCCUCCGCCUUCCUAUAAUCUUCCUUCUUUGCCUUCUGCCUCAUGCUCCUCAAAUACGCCGUCUACGCCUUAUUUUGGAGGAGGCUUGGAUCCUAUGUCAAGGUUUAAUGGGUUCUCAUCAAUGGAUCCCUUCAAAUCCAACAACCAGUUGCACCACCACCAUCAUCUUCAUCAUCUUCAUCACAAUCAGUAUGGAAUUGGAGGAGUUGGACCAAUUUCUGAGGCUUCCCAUCAUGGUAUCAUGAGAUCGAGGUUUUUGCCGAAGCUACCGACAAAACGAAGCAUGAGAGCUCCGAGAAUGCGGUGGACUAGCACCCUCCAUGCUAGAUUUGUUCAUGCUGUUGAGCUUCUUGGUGGCCAUGAAAGAGCUACUCCAAAGUCAGUUCUUGAGCUCAUGGAUGUCAAGGAUCUCACACUAGCUCAUGUCAAAAGCCAUUUACAGAUGUAUCGAACUGUUAAGACCACUGACAAGCCUGCAGCUUCUUCAGACGGAUCUGGUGAGGACGACAUUCUCUCUCCAAUUGGCAGUGCCACUGAUCUUCAUGGCCUGCGUAGUCCUCAUCAAUUUCCAGAGCAACGUGGACCGUCCGAUCGGUCCUCGGUGCAGCCAGACCUCGACUACACUUCCAGCACCACUCUUUGGAGUAACUCUUCAAGUAGUAGAGAGGCGUUUCCGCAUACUAGUUCUCAUGACAUGGACGGGUUAACACCAGUAUCUUCCCAAUUGCAGAAAAUAUCUGGUCAUCAAAUUCAGGAAUGUGAUUCAACAACUCAACUGAAGAGCUAUUUGGGAUCUAAUUUUGAGACCAGAAACCCAAGCUUGGAGUUCACGUUAGGCAGACCGGACUGGAAUGGCAAACCACAUGACUGA